AUGCUCCUUUAUCUGGUCGGCCUGGGUGUGGCAGACAGCAUGGACCCUCUGACAGAUUUGGAAAACAUCGCUGGAAAGUUGGUUUUCUACCAGAUGGAUGGAAAUGCCACCUAUGUGAGGGACACAGGAGAACUGGCUUCAGAUGUCCCCACUGAGACCAUGUUUGAACUCUUUGAUCACCAAAAGAAUUUCAGCAUGGCAAAGUUCACCUAUACGUGGGACUUAGGGAACGGAGAGGUGAUCCACGGGACUGAGCCGGUUGUCCGCUAUCAUUACUCCGAGUCAGGGAACUACACACUGCGGCUGAAAGUAGGAGGGAAUUGGACAAAAUACUCACCUCCAAUCAUUGACGUCUACUCCACGGAUGUCCAAGUCCUUGAUGCCAUAAAAAACAUCGAGCUGAAAGGGCCUUCAGAUUACGAGGUGUCUCAGAACCUCAGUUUGGCUUUUCACGUUGAUGGAAGUCCUCCCAUGUGGGUGUGCUGGCGUUUCCUGGACAACUGUGUGCCGGACAUGACGGGGAGCUGCACGCUGACCAUGCUGUAUGAAAACACCCUGCGGCUGAACCACACUUUCACCUCUGCCGGCGUCCACUGCCUGGACAUCAGCGUACACAAUGACGUCAGCAAGAUGCAAACCUCCUUCAGCCUCUAUGUUAGGAGAAACACUAACACCCACUUGAUCUUCAUCCUGUCAUGUGCUGCCAUUCUUGUAGCAACCUUCUCCUUCAUCACGGUCAUCGCCUGCCGCCCUCUUCAUCACAACAGAUUUCAGAUUGCUACUUCCAGCAACGCUAUAUUCCUGAAGAACCAAAACUCUGAAGGUCAAAGCGCGAUUGUUUUUAACUUCUCCAAUGUGAAGAGGGGAGAGAAGGAGCCACUCCUUGCUCAGUAUGAGACUCAAUACUCCUCUUAA